GGGGGGGAACGGGACGGCAGGACGCGACGAGAGACCUAAAGCCGCCGGCGGAGCGCAGCCCCGCUGCCGCCUGACCGCAGGGACCAGCCGAAAAACAACCUAAGGGACGCGCAAGUAAACAGGGAGAGGCCAUGGUUUGCGGACGGCGACCGCAGCGGAGCGAGGGGUCCGAGCGGCACCCCCGCCCCUCCGGCGAGCCGUUGGUACGUGGCCUCUGAGGAGGCGCCGCCGGCGGCCAACCCCGCGCGCGCGCUGGACGCGGUAACCAGAUAUUCAAAAACAAUACGUCAGCCCACAAUGCCCCGAGCCGCCGCCAGCAUUACCUCAUCCCACAAGGCCCCGCGCCCGCGCUGAGAAGCUUCUAGGGGCGGGGUGACCAUGGCGACCGGCUGAUAUGCACCGGGCCGGGCCAACGGCCCGCCUCCCCCGGGAGAGGCGGUGGCAGCCAAUGGGGAGCCCGCGGGGUGACAUCAUGGGCUAUUUUUAGCGGGCUCCCGGUCGCUGAUAAGUGAAGGGCUCCACGCCGGGAGCGGGCUCAGAGCGCGGGGCAGGCGGUAGCGUGACUCCGGCCGCCGAGUGGAGGCGAGCAGAGCGCGGCCAGCACAGCACGAGCAGUGCGGAGCCGGGGAGGGGAGCAGGAAGGCGGGGAAAAGUACUUGUGGCGGCGGAGCAGCGUUCCGGCCCCGCGGCAACAGCAGCAGGAGGGCGGCGAGGCGUCCCGCCGAAACCCCGCGCCGCCAGGCCAGGCGGACUCUCAGUGCGGCGGCGUCAGGGAUCGCGGGCCCGGCCCGCGCCGGGAGGACUCUCCGCGCCCCGGCGAGAAGUAAGGCUCUGCUUUCUCUUUUCUCCCUCCCUGCGCGGCCGGGAGGGUUGGGGUGGCCGCGCGGAGCGGGGCGCAAGCGGCGGCCGGGCAGCUUCUCCGCGCUGCCGCAGCUCCCGGCACCACUCCGCGGACUCUGUUCUAUGAGUGCAAAGAUGGAGCCUACUUUCUACGAGGAUGCCCUGAAUGCCAGCUUCGUGCCGCCGGAGAGCGGCGGGUAUGGAUAUAAUAACGCUAAAGUACUGAAGCAGAACAUGACGCUGAACCUGUCCGACCCAUCCAGCAACCUGAAGCCGCACUUGAGGAACAAGAACGCCGACAUCCUCACCUCUCCCGACGUGGGGCUCUUGAAACUGGCCUCGCCUGAACUGGAGCGGCUCAUCAUCCAGUCCAGCAACGGGUUAAUCACCACCACGCCGACCCCGACGCAGUUCCUCUGCCCCAAAAACGUUACCGACGAGCAAGAGGGGUUUGCGGAGGGCUUUGUGAGAGCCUUGGCGGAACUGCACAACCAGAACACCCUGCCUAGCGUCACCUCUGCCGCUCAGCCCGUGAACAGUGGCAUGGCACCUGUGUCCUCCAUGGCCGGCAGCAGUAGCUUCAAUACGAAUUUGCACAGCGAGCCCCCGGUAUAUGCCAAUCUCAGUAACUUCAACCCCAACGCGCUCAACUCUGCACCGAACUACAACGCAAACAACAUGGGCUACGCACCUCAGCAUCACAUAAACCCCCAGAUGCCGGUGCAGCAUCCCAGGCUUCAGGCUUUGAAAGAAGAACCUCAGACUGUACCUGAAAUGCCAGGGGAAACACCUCCCCUGUCCCCUAUUGACAUGGAGUCACAGGAGAGAAUCAAAGCUGAGCGAAAACGCAUGAGAAACAGAAUUGCGGCAUCUAAGUGCCGGAAAAGGAAGUUGGAAAGGAUUGCCAGGUUGGAAGAAAAAGUGAAAACUUUGAAAGCCCAGAACUCAGAGCUGGCAUCCACUGCCAACAUGCUCAGAGAACAGGUUGCACAGCUUAAGCAGAAGGUCAUGAACCAUGUCAACAGCGGGUGCCAGCUAAUGCUAACACAACAGUUGCAAACGUUUUGAAGAGACUGACUUAAAUGAGAACUAUGAUGUUGUGGUAUAACUGAAACAAAACACCCAAAGUGGCAGAGGCAUAAAGCUCAUGGUAAAAGCUGAAAGGCUGAUCCUGCCUGUGCUCUGCGAAGCGCAUGUGUGGAGAGACUGGCGAGCCUUCAGCUUGAGUUAGUCAUGAAGCGGCCAGCACUGCUCUGAGAAGGGCUGUUCCUGCUCAGAUGAGACGUCAGAUCUUCGUUUAACAUUGACCAAGACCUGCAUGGACCUAACAUUCGAUGAUCAUUCAGUAUUAAAGGUUAAACUGCAAUAGAAACUGUAGAUUGCUUUAUGUAGUAUUCCUUAAGAAAAAAAAAAGUGGGAGGGAGGUUUGUGGGAGGCUGAUAAACAAAAAAGAACUCUUCUGCCUGCCUUCAAGUAAAUUGUGUAUGUACAUAUCUUUUUUUUAUUUUAUUUUAUGAAAGUUGAUUAAUGUCAAUAAACUACUUCAUGACUUUGUAAGUUA